AUGCGUUGUCAUUAUGAAAUUUUGGAAGUUGAACGGGAUGCUGAUGCGGAGACGAUUAAAAAAAAUUAUCGAAAGCUCGCUCUAAAAUGGCAUCCUGACAAAAAUCCUGACAAUAUUGAAGAAUGUACGCAAAUGUUCGCUCUUCUUCAACAAGCUUACGAGGUUUUAAGUGAUCCGAAAGAAAGAGAUUUUUACGAUAGGCAUCGAGAAAGCAUCUUAAAAGGAGGUUUUGAUGGCGAAGAAAAAGAAGCAAGCUUUGAUUUAUUCAAAUAUUUCAGCAUGUCUUGCUAUUCUGGUUACGGUGAUGAUGAAAAAGGGUUCUACGCAGUUUAUCGCAAAGUCUUUAAAAUUCUCAGUGAAGAAGACUAUGAUAACAUGGAUAAAGACGAUGAAGCUUAUCCACAAUUUGGAGAUUCAACAAGCGAUUAUGAUGAAAUCGUCGGCAAGUUUUACGGAUUUUGGAGCUCAUUCUGCACGUGCAGAUCGUUUGCAUGGCUUGACAAGUACGACAUUCGACAGGCAUCGAAUCGCUGGGAAGCGAGACAAAUCGAGCAGGAGAACAAAAAAUAUCGGGAUGUUGGAAAACAAGAGAGAAAUGAGCAAAUUAGGAAUUUGGUGGCAUUUGUUCGCAAAAGGGAUCCUCGCGUUAAAGCUUAUAAGGCGAAACUUGAGGAAAAACAGGCAGAAGCUAAGAGAAAGCAAGAAGAGAAUCGAAAAAAGCAAAUCAUCGAGAAUCAGAAAAAAUAUAUGGAGGAUAAGGAAGCAGAAGCGGAAAGAAUUGCUCAUUUAAUGGAAGUUAGCAUGCAAAUGGCUGAAGAAUAUGAUAGUUGUUCGGAGGAAUGCGAUGAGGAUGGAGAAGAAUUGCCACAUUGCGUUGUAUGCAACAAAUAUUUCAAGACCAUAAAUGCCAAAAAGAAUCAUGAGAACUCGAAACAGCACAUCAAGCAACUCAAUGAGCUCAAAAGACAUAUGAGAGAGGAAGAUGUAACUCUGUUUGAAUCAAACUGUCAGAAAGAUCAAACCGAGGAAGAAUCACCACGAAAUGGGAAGAAAAAUCGAAGGAAAAAGAAGGGAAAUGCGAUUUUCGAUCUCGACUAUAAAGACGAUGCGGAUAAUGUCGAAGAAGCUGCUGCUGAGCCGGUUCAAGAACCUGAACCUUCUGAAAACUCUCCAAAAAGUAAGGAAGAAACUAUGGAAGAGCCGUUUAAAAAGGAGAAGAAAAAGAGGAGAGCGGACAAGAACAAACCGAAAGAAGAGAAUGUGGAAGAAGGAGAAGCAAAACCAGGUCCAAAGACUGGCAAAUGCGACAGAUGCCAACAGGUAUUCCCAAGUCGGACUCUUCUCUUUGCCCAUCUCAAGGAAACUGGCCAUGCGACACUUCUCAUCAAUAAACCUUCUGAGAAAGAAGCGGCGAAGAAGAAGGGAAAGAACAAAAAUCGAAAACACGAUGACUGGUGA